CACCAUGGCGGGCACAGUGACACACUGACAGUGCAGAGUGCACGAUACAUCUUCUCUCCCUCGCCUAGAAGAGACGGGUGGAAAUUGGAAUUCAUUCCCACUCGGGCAGGAGAAAUUUCUGCAAAGGUACAGGGUCACAUGCGUCGGAUUUGGAGGCGAGGAGGGCAGGAGGUGAAGACAGGAAAAAGAGGGGAAAGAAACAAGUGAGAGACAGGAGAGCGAGGUCCUUCUUGCCUUCUUGUUCGUUUGCUCUCCUCGCUGUUCUUGCGGUUACCUCCUCCUUUUGCCUUCAAUGCUACCGCGUUACCGCUGGAUCUGACAGACCCACCGCGUCCGCCGCCUCCGACUCCGCCUUCUACUUCAAUCCUGGUACCGGCCUCCCCAAAGAUUCUGCUGUUCCUUCGGAAUUCCGUCUUCCUCUGCUGCCUCUCCUUCGCGUGGAACAAGUGCUGUGCGUGCUGAUUUGAGUGAGAAGCUUCUCUCGCGGUGCUCGAGGUGAGAGAUUUCACCUCCUCCGCGUUCUUCUUCACCGCCAGGAGGCAGAAGGAAGGAAAGAGGCGGAAUUUCGAUUGGUUGCUGCGCGAAUCCGCGAGAUUGGCUCGAUUUUUCCUUGAAUUGCGGCAUGUGCCAUGCUUCUUUUCUCCAAUUCCACCACCAAGGCAGCAGCUCAACUGUGACGGCACUGUAGUGCUUUCUAGCCUGCUGCUGGGCUCCAAUGGCGUCGUCACCUUCCCCUUCCCCGGGCACCAUCAGGGCCACCUUGCCGCCUUCCACCGCAACGCCGUCGCCGGUAACCACCACGCCCACGCUGGCCUCCCCGGCCCCGGUGACGCAGCCCAAUGCUACUCCGGCUGACCCUCCCUCGUCGCCGGCCGCGCCUCCUCCCCUCCCCUCCGCAUCCACGCCACCGCCACAGCUCACUUCUCCACCGCCCUCCUUGCCUCCGCCUCCUCCGGACGCCGUGCCACCACCGCCAGUAGUUGUUGCCUCUCCGCCACCAGUCCCAGCAGCCGUAGUGCCCCCACCCUCGCCGCCGGUUGCAGUACCCCCACCACCUACACCUGCUGCCACACCAAAGCCGUCGCCUAUACCUAUACGCCCCCCAGCGGCCGCGUCGCCACCCCCAUCCAAUUUGCCGGCGCCCAACCCGCCGGCUGACCCAACGCCGCCGACAGUAGUGCAGCCACCUCCACCACGGCGCCGGCCACCAAGUACGCCUCAGACAGAACCUCCACCCCUGGCACCACCACCUUCUGGAAUUCCUGUCAAACCUUCUCCGACCAGUCCCUCACCGACAUCCACAGAUCCUUCGAUCCCCACUCCCUCUAGCCCCUCACCUCCAGGGAUGACACCGUCCACACCAGGCUCUGGUAGUACUCCAUCGGUGCCAGCCCCAGCAACGGCAGCUGAUCCAGUUAGCCCAGUAACACCUGGGGGCCAAGGUUCCAACAAGUCAUCGAGUCCAGCCUCGCCGAGCAGCAGCUCCUCAGUAGACAGUGGUGGGAUGUCUUCUGGUGCAAAGGCAGGCAUUGGUGUAGUUGUUGCCAUUCUUGUGCUUAGCUUGGUUGGAGCUGCAUUUUGGUACAAGAAGAAACGGAGGAGAGUUCAUGGAUACCAUGCUGGCUUUGUAAUGCCUUCACCUGCCUCGACUCCUACACAAGUGCUAGGGUAUUCAGCUAAAACAAACUUCAGUGCUGGGAGUCCUGAAUCGAAAGAUUCAAUGCCAGAGUUCAGUAUGGGCAAUUGUCGGUUCUUCACUUAUGAGGAAUUGUAUCAGAUCACAAAUGGUUUCUCAGCUCAGAACCUGCUAGGGGAAGGUGGGUUCGGAUCAGUGUAUAAGGGCUGCUUGGCUGAUGGAAGAGAGGUUGCGGUUAAGAAACUGAAAGAUGGUGGCGGGCAGGGGGAACGCGAGUUCCAUGCUGAGGUGGAUAUUAUCAGUCGUGUGCAUCAUCGCCAUCUAGUUUCUCUUGUAGGGUAUUGCAUUUCAGAUGACCAGAGAUUGCUUGUCUAUGAUUUUGUGCCCAACAACACACUUCACUACCAUCUUCAUGGACGUGGUGUACCAGUCUUGGAAUGGCCAGCUAGGGUUAGAAUUGCAGCUGGCUCGGCUCGUGGAAUAGCCUAUCUUCAUGAAGAUUGUCAUCCCCGAAUAAUCCACAGAGAUAUAAAGUCCUCUAAUAUUUUACUGGAUAAUAACUUUGAAGCACUGGUUGCCGAUUUUGGUCUGGCAAGGUUAGCUAUGGAUGCUUGCACUCAUGUAACUACACGAGUGAUGGGAACUUUUGGAUACCUUGCUCCAGAGUAUGCAUCAAGUGGCAAGUUGACUGAGAGAUCUGAUGUAUUUUCAUUUGGUGUUGUCCUCUUGGAGCUUAUUACUGGUAGAAAGCCUGUUGAUGCAUCGAAGCCAUUGGGUGAUGAGAGCCUUGUUGAGUGGGCUAGGCCAUUGCUCACACAAGCGCUUGAGACUGGCAAUGCUGGGGAGCUGGUGGACGCCCGACUCAAUAAGAACUAUAACGAAGUUGAAAUGUUCCGUAUGAUCGAAGCUGCUGCGGCUUGUAUUCGACAUUCAGCAUCCAGGAGACCAAGGAUGAGUCAGGUUGUGCGAGUGCUUGAUAGUCUCGCUGACGUUGAUCUGACUAACGGCGUUCAGCCAGGCAAGAGUGAGAUGUUCAAUGUUGCAAACACGGCCGAGAUCAGGAUGUUUCAGCGGAUGGCGUUUGGCAGCCAAGAUUUCACGACCGAUUUCAGCCAGUCCAGCUGGAACAGCCAGAGCCAGAGCAGAAGUCUUGAUGCCUCUGGGUCGAGGCCAUUGUAAUCCUCAUCAUCGUAAAUUCGUAGAUCUAACUAGCUAGGAGCGAUUCGUAAUGAAUUUUUACGUCAUGUAAUUCUUUUGAGUGGAUCAGUCGUGGUUAUUCUUUCGCCAUCCCUGUCUUCUACCACUAACACAGAUCAUGUGCUGAGGUCUGCUUACUUGUGCAAAGACUUGUUAUAACUGAUGGAGAGAGACUGCUGCGUUUAGUGAAUUGCUGUAUCGAUUUUUCCAGAUUUUGCAAUACUCCUGUAAUCAGCAGUGCUUUUGAAAUCAGGGUUUUUGACAACCACUUCAUUCGAGUAAAGCUUUUGGGCAAAGUUUAUUCA